AUGUAUUUAGAUGGUGGGAAAAAGCAAUUGCCAUUUAGACGUCAGAGAAUGGAUAUUGACAGUUUGAUACCGCUUUCAAAAGAAGCUAAAACUUUAAAUAAUGAGAACUAUUGUUGCUCAAUAGCCCGAAUUUGGGAAAAAGCUAAUAUGAAAAACAUACCUGAGACAUACAAUUUACUGGAAAUUGCAACAAAACGUUGUGAAGAAUUAGAAAAUCAAAUGCACAAUUUAGAAGAAGAAUUACAAUUAAAUGAGAGAAAAGUUGAAAAUUUUCGACAACAAGUUAUUCUAAGAGAUUCUGAAAUUGAACGACUACGUAGUAUUACAGAACUAGGUCGUUCAUUAGAAGCUAUCAUGCAUGAUUCUACUGAAAAACAAUCCGAUCGAUUAAUUCAACAAUUACAAAUACAAGUUGAUUUAUUACAGACUAGAAAUGCUGAAUUAGAAUCACGUAUUGUAGAAUUAGUGAAUCGAGAAAUCCCAAUUGUACAACCAUCGUCUAUUAGUUUAAUUCAUAAAGAAUGUCAAACUAUGCCUUUAUGUAAACCUAUACUUGUAAAUAAUUUAUGUCAAACAAAUUCCAUGGAUGCUGUUAUACUGAAUGAAUCUGAUAUGAAUUCAAUUGUUGUUGAAUUCAAGCGGAAAAUUUGUAAUUUAAUUGAAAAAUUUGAAAAUGGUCGAGUUAUCCUAACUCAUCGUUUGCAUUCAAUUAAUAUUCAAAACCGUAAACUUACAAAUGAACUUUCAAAUUAUAUUCGUUCAUCAUUAUCAUCAGUUCGUAAUCGGUUGUUAACUCGUGCUGGUAAACAAAUGAUCAAGUUAAUCGAGAAAUAUCUACAUGAUAUUGAAGAGAAUCGAAAUCGUUGUCAAUCAGAAAUCGAAACUGUAGCUUACAAUUUAAAAUGUAUAUCUAAUUAUUUUCAUGAAAAAUACUUUGAAUUUACCACAAAACAAUUGACUGAUGACAAGAAUACAAUGAAACUUGGCUUAGAACUUCAAUGUCAACGUUCCAAAGCGGCUGAAAGAAACAUAGAUCAGCAUCAAGAUUGUAAAAAUGGUCUGCAAGAUGAUGAAAUGAAGUGUUUACGUCAAGAACGUGAUGAUUUGAUCGGAUUAUUGGAUUAUUUUGAACGACAACUACAUGAUAUCAAAGAAAAUCUUCAACUUGUUAUUCAUGAGCGUGAUUCACUUAAGCAUGAAUUAUCAGUGCAAUCAGAACAACUAAAUAAACUGAACUGCUUUCAUCAAUCCAUGCCAUUGAAUCAAUGUACAACCAAUCAUUCACAUUCAUCUGGACAACAUAUCAAUAAGGUGGCGAUGACGGCGGAGGCGGCGGCGACGGCGGCGGUGAGAAAUAGUAAUCGUGAACUUGAUGAACUUAUUCAAAAUUUACAAUCUAUGACUACAGAAAGAAAUGUAUUACAUGAACGACUGCAUAAUCUCACUGUUGAAUGUGCUAAUGAAAACAGUCAAUUUGUUCAACGCUUAGAAAAUAGUAAAAAUGAAUUAAAUGCAAUGAAAGAAAAUAAAAUACAAUUGGAACAACGUGUUACAGAACUUUUAAAAUUGGUUGUUGAAAAAGAAACAGAAUUAAAUAGAUUGAUUGAAAAAUUGAACUGUCUUGAUAAGGAGCAACAGUCAAACACUGAACAAUUUACAUUAGUUGAAAAAAAUCUACAAACUGUUCAAGCACAAUUAGAAAAUGUUCAACGAGACUAUGAAAAAUCUCGUAAUGAUUACACUAGUCUACAUGUAACACUUCGUCAAAUUGAUCAAGAAAAAGAUCAUCUUCAAAUUUGUUUAGAUGAGCGUACUGAACAUUGUUCAAUGUUAGAACGUCAAUUAGUCACAUAUGAAACAAGUAUAAAAGAUUUGAAAAUGAAUAAUGAGACUUCAGACAAACAAAUACAACGACUUAAACAAUCAAUUAUUGAACGUGAAUCAGAAAAUCGUGAAUUGAUUGAACGUUUAUCCAAAUCAGAAUGUGACCUAAAAUCAACUGUUAAAAAUCAUGAAUUAUUAAUGAAAGAUUUAGAAAAUACUAAGAAUCAAUUGAAUAUACUGACAAAUGAAACACAACGAUUACAAAGUGAAUUAGAUGCUUCGUAUGAUAAACAAAAUGAAUUGGAUAAACGUUUGAUUGAAUGUGACAAAGAACUCACAAAUCUUCGUAAUUCAAAUUCUAUGAAAGAACAAGAAAGAAUAAAACUAUUAAAACAAUACAGGACAAUUGCACUGAAAUUAGAUGAAAAAACAACUUUAGUUGAUCGUUUAGAUAAUCAACUCAAAGAAUUCAAUUAUAAAUAUUCUGAAUUAGAUAAAGAAUCAAUUGAUUUACGUCAACAAUUACAACAACAGAAAAAAGAUUGUCAUGAUUAUGCUCAAGUUGUAAAAUCAUUAGAAGUACAGAGUGAAUUAUUGAAAAAAACUAUUUCAGAUUCUGAAGAUAGAAUUAAACGUUUACAAAUGGAAAAUGAAGAAAUUCACCGUGACUUAAUUGAUACACGAAAUUUAUGCGAUAAUUUAGAACGUCAAAAAAAUUCAUUACAACAUCAAACUACUAUUAGUAGUUUGGAAGUGAAUCAAUUGAAAGCGAAAAUAAUUGAAACAGAACGAGAAUUAAUGGAUUGUCGAAAAGAACUUGAUCGUGAACGUGAAUCUAUGCGAAAUUUUGAAUUGAUUCUAGGAUCAAGUCGUGAAGCUGAACAUACAGCUAAUCAUGAACUUAAAGAAUGUCAUGCUGAAUUAUGCUCUUUACGUGAACGUUUAACUGUAACAGAAACAAAACUAUUCAAAUCGAAAUCAGAAAUGAAAACAUUAUUACAAAAACAAUUAGCAUUAUUGCAAAACUCAUCAGAGAAUUGUUAUUCUUCAUUGAUAAAAAAUGCUGAACAAUCUGUUGAUUCCUUAUCAGACGACAGAUUUGUAGAAAAACAUUUACAAAAUGAUGUUGUUGUUGUUCAAAAAAUAACAAGUCCAACUACGUUAUCCAUGGAAUUACUACCAUUGAUUGACGAUUCAACAAAAGAAUUAUCAUCUUCAUCGAUUCCAUGUUCAAAGUAG